AUGGCGGUCAAAUUGAUAGCAUUUCUAUUAUUAGUAGAAAUGGCUCUGUUCUUGUUAAUGGGUCUUGCAGUUUUAGCAAAUGAUUCUCAACAAGGUUCAACAAAUACUGUUGAUGAUAAUCUUCAGCGUCCCAGUGCAGUAAUAAAAACAAUCCAGAGUGAAGAUGGGGAUAUAAUUGAUUGCGUUGACAUCUACAAGCAACCAGCUCUCAGUCAUCCAGCCCUAAGAAACCACAAGAUCCAGAUGGAACCGAGCUUCGUUCCAACCAUAGAUCAAACUACCAGAAAGAUAAAUAGAGCAAAAGGGAAGAAGAACAAACCAUCCAAAUCAGAAAUUCCAGUUUCUGGGAUAAAACAGAUAUGGCAUAAGAAUGGAAGCUGUCCUCAAGGUACUGUUCCGAUACGAAGGAAUAUGCAAACAAAUAGUAAAGCAUUUCCAAUCUCAUCAAGGAGAUUCAGAGGCUCUUUCAAUCGUAACAAAGACGAAUUCAACAAAAAUGGGACAGUAAAUUUGCUCAAUAAAAACCAUGCGCAAUCAAUCCUGAUUACCGUCGGCCACGCAUAUUUAGGAGGGCAAGGAGGAAUUGCUGUCUUUACCCCAGAAGUAGAAAAGUUCGACGAGUACUCUCUCUCGGACGUUACUCUUGUAACUGGAGGCCAUGAUGAUUUUGAAGCAAUUAAAUCGGGAUGGAUGGUAAAUCCAAAAGUCUACGGAGAUAGGAAGACAAGAUUUUUCACAUAUUGGACGGCAGAUGGUGGACAAAAAACGGGCUGCUUUGAUAGCAUUUGUCCAGGUUUUGUACAAGUCAGUAAGGACAUCGCACUUGGAGCUGCAAUCGAUCUAGUUUCCAAAACUCCUAAUAUGCCAGCUGAACUUAUGACAAUAAUAAUUAAUAAGGACGUGGAUACGAACAACUGGUGGGUAAGCGUAAACAACCAGAAAGUAGGGUACUGGCCGCCAGAUCUCUUCAUAGAAUUAAAGUAUCAAGCUAUAGGGGUUCAAUGGGGUGGCGAUGUGUAUAGCACAAGGCUGGAAACUCAUCCGCACACAGCCACCGCAAUGGGAAGCGGAGAAUACUCUACUCCGCUCGACUGGAUAGCGGGUUCGAUCCGGGGGAUGCGGGUCUUGGAAAAUUCUCUGGUGUGGAAGUACCCAGAUGUGGCUGAUCCUUAUACGGAUCAACUUGACUGUUACGAUUUUUAUCUUCAACUCGUUGCUGAUGACCCGAUUUUCUACUACGGAGGACCCGGUAGCGGCGGUAAAGUUUCCAAGUGUCCUUGA